AUGAACCGCGAUGAUGAACAGCCGCAGAAUCUACAAUCUCAUUCGUUUUCUUCCCUUCCCGAUGAAAUCAUUGAGAACAUUCUUGCUCGUGUCUCUAGAUACAACUACCCUAGUCUUUCUCUAGUCUCCAAGAGAUUCCACUCUCUCCUCUCUUCUCCCCAACUGUACAUGACACGAUCUCACAUCAGAACCACCGAACCAUGUCUCUAUCUCUGCCUAAAACAUUCCAUAGACCAACCUCCUAGAUGGUACAGUCUUUGGAUGAAAUCUGUUGGGGAAACCCUAAUCGAGCACGAGGAAGACAAUCAUGUUCUUCCACGUGAUGACUAUUCGUUGUUUCCGGUACCUUCUUCUUCUUCUAAUCCUCUUCGCGAACCAUAUUAUACCUCAGUAGCGGUUGGUUCCGAACUCUAUGUAAUCGGUGGUUCUUACAAGGCACCUUCUUCAGCUGUUCGCAUUCUUGAUUGUCGGACUCACACAUGGCGUGAUGGCCCUAGUAUGUUGGUGGCUCGGUGGCAUGUCAAUGUGUUUUUACUCGAUGAGAAAAUAUACGUGAUGAGUCAUUCCCGGAACGAGGCCCUUGAUUGGAUAGAAGUGCUGGACAUAAAGACUCAGACAUGGAGACACGUGAGGAGCCAUGGAGCCGACGAGUUUGACAGAAAUGGGUUUGUCAUUAAUGUGUUUGAAGGAAAGAUUUGCGCAAUUGCUUCAAAGAAGAGCUAUGCUUAUGACCCGCUAGAAAGUAGGUGGGAAGUUGUGGAGGAGCUCCCGCAGUACUUAAAAUUUAUAAGGGCUUGGUGUGUAAUAGAGGAUGUAAAGUAUUGUUUUACAAACUCCGGUGAUUGCAAAUGGUAUGACUCCAAAGCUGGAGACUGGAUAGAUGUCAAGGGUUCGGAUCUCAAACUAAUGCACAGACAUAGAACAUGUAGCUUAGCAUGUAGGCGAGCAGAAAUGCACAACCUUGGUGGGAAACUCUUAGUUAUGUGGACCCCUGUGUCUCUUCCUGGAAGUAGAAUAUGGUGCGCGAAGAUGGCAUUAGAGAAGCGUGGAAGUGAAGUUUGGGGUAAGAUAGAAUGGGCUAAUAGUGUCUCCCAGUCGUGUUGGUUCUCGAGUUGUGUUGUCUCGAUUUGA